AUGGUCGUUUCUGCUGAAAUUAUCAAGAAGAAGGCAAUUUUUCACGUGGCAUGGUAAUAAUCAUUUUGUUCAAACAAAAUUGCUGAAUUUAGGAGAUUUGCCGUUGGCGAAGGAAAAAAGUUGUCUCGGAAUGAAAUUUUAGAUCAAGAUUUGCCAGAACUUUGGUAUUGUUUACAUUAUUAUCAAAAAUUAAUAAUUAAAAACCGAUUACCGAUUUUUAGCAAAUCAAUCGUGAGAUUGGUUCCUGGAGAGGACGGAAAGCCCAGUCAGAAGGCCGGCUUGUAUCUGCUCUCCCUGUUGACUUACGGAACAGUUCUCAUUCAUCAGACACAAGUUUUGCAUUUGUUUAGUGAGUGUGAUGACGUUUCGUGCGUAACGUAGAGUAACCGUUACAGGAGAAGCCGGCAGAAUGAAGGAAGUCCUGCUGAGCUCUGACUUUUCCCGAAUACUCUGUGAAGAGAUCAUCCGAGUGCCAACCGUCGUCAUAAACGAAGUGGAGACAGGCCAGAGAAAAAGAAAGAGUAGAGUGAGAUCUAAGCCAAUUCUUCGAGUGGAGGACGUGGACGACGUUGACCUGGGAGACCUGAAUAAGAUCAGCGAACAACUCGGAGUCCGUACUUUUCGUGUUGAACUGAAUAGAUAGUUGUUUUUCAGAUCAAUGGCGACGUUCGAGAGAUCACAAUGAAAGAUGCACUUCCGAAUCCUUCUAAUAACUGGGCCGAGUAUAAUGCUCUUUACGGAGACCUGUAUGGAUCUGUUGAUAAGCUUCUAAGGUCUAUCAGUAAGUCUAUAAGAUGGCAUUAAAUGAACUCUUACAGCCAGGAAGAGUAUUCGAGACACUCCACUUUCGUCGAGGGAAACGGCUCAGAUGCCAACAGAGAACGAGCAAACGCUAUAUUUGCCACUUUCGAUGAUUAUGUGGUCAGUUGAGAAAAUGAAAAAUUGUCAAAAUAGAACCGUUUAUUUAAGCUACCGCAUCAGCCAGGAAGGGAGAAGCAAUCGAUCGCUGAUGGUCCAAGAGUGCAAACAGUUGAUGAACUUCCAGCUGAAAACGAGAAAUCUAGAGUUCCCGAAGAAAACGGAGACGACAUCAGAUAUUCCAAGUGUCUGCUUCGGAGCCCAGCGCGAGAUGAUCUACAACUGACUGAGCAAGUACAGGUGCCUCAAGAGCCGAUGGAGAUAGACAAUCUGCGCCAAGAUCUGCAAUCACUUAUUCCGCAGGAAGAGCAGAAUCAGGAUCAAAACCGCCCACAGACACCCCUGAUGUCGUCGCCAGAGAAACUAAAAAAUCAGCCUCCAGCUGCAAAAGCACAAGAUACCGCCGAGACAUUGCCUAUUCGACAACCUCCGCCCGUCGACGAGCUGGAUCUCGAUUUCGUUCCACCACGAAUGCAACAGCAAGUCUCGGCGUACCUUCAACAAAUUGCAAACCUGCCGGACGAGAGUGUUGCGUUGCCGCCUCUUCCGAAAAACUUCGGAGAUGAAGAACUAUUUGAUGAGCCGCUCGCCAAGAAGCAGAAAGUAGACGGUGAGCAGGACGAAGAGGACGAGGAGGAAGUGGAGAAAGCGCGUCGGAGAGCGUCUUCUCGCCCAGUCACUCCGAUCACUCCUCUGAAUCGGACGAAUCUGACUAAUCUGGAUACGACGGACAAACCGGAGGUAGCCAGCUUCGAGCUUGAUUCUCAAGUCGUGAUCCCAAGAAAAAAGAAGUCGGCUCGGAACUUGCCGCCCGUUUUCGGAAAUGAUAUCGAGAUCGACUUGACUGUUCAGAAGGCCUCGCAAGCUGACUAUUCCAAGCUUGUACGACUUCUGGUGAUUCCAAAGAUUAUAUCAAAAUCUGAACGGAUUGUUUGGGAUUUGGAAAGUCCGAUGCCUUUCAUCGGAUUGGGAACAACGAGUAAGCAAAGAGAAAAAUGAUCGAAAUGACUGAAAGGUUCAGAAAUUGCUGUCGAAUUCGAAGAAGUUUUCCAUUCGGAAAGAUACAAAGGCGGAAAUCCGACUACCUUGAGUGAUUCUGAAGAGGAAGAAGAUGAGGAGGAGGAAGAACUGGAAGCUCCGAGACAUCUCGGAGAAAAAUUCUCGAGUGUGUGUCUCGUGUCAACGCCACAAGAAUCGAUUCGAUUGGAAGAAGAGUUGCGCACGCCGCUGUUCAUGGACGAGUUCAGACCAAUGCAACUUGAUGAAUUGUUCGGGCCGCCGCAGCCUGGCGGACCCACUAAAAUGCUUCAGGACGAACCAAUGGAUGUUGAGCUGCCGCCGAAAGAGAAAGAACCAGAAUUCUUCGCGAAAAGAUAUCUUGUCAGCACGCCACCGUCUUCUCCGAAACGCAGAGGAAAGAAGGAAAAUUACGCAUUCAGAUGUCUCAUCUCAACACCGGAGAAAAGACAAGAACAGAGCAUCAUGGAUCAGUUGAUGCUCCAGCCGAUUCAAGAGAUGCUCGACCUUCCGCUGACUGAUAGAACACAAAGAGAAGUGGCAGAGCCGACGCCAACAGUCGAGCGAAGAGUGGAGAAGGCACGACGGCAUCAGAAGAGCAGUCUUGGAAUUAGACAACUCAGUGGUCCGAAUGGCACGAUAUUUCGAAAUUUAUUCUUUCUUUUCCAGCAGAAUCUGUAGUAGAAGAUACCGAGGGAGUGCAGUUGAGAGCUGAAGGCACAGAACGGUUUGAAGCACGCAGACGACUAAUGGAAGAAGCGAUGUUCGCCAAUUCAGACGACAAAGACUACUACGUCUUCUCUUCUGGAUCUCUUCUCCCGAGCUAUCGUGGAGUAGUUCAUGAGGAGCUUCUCGCGUGAGUCCGGUGAUUUUGAGAGAGGAAAUAAGCGAAAUAAUUCAGAAAAACACGAGAGACGUAUCCGAAUUGGGUGGAUUUCAAUCAGUUCACUUCAAAGUACAACAGGAAACAGGCCGCCACGGCCUUCGAAGUAUUGCUUCGUACGUUCCGUCGGUUCGUUUCAUUUCCUUUAUUUGAGCAUUUUCAGUUGGCCUGAAGAACAUGAAGCUCCGCGCUAAACAAGAAGAACCAUUCGGCACCAUCUACGCCCAGCACGUAGAAGUGGAAUGA